CAUUAAAUGUACAAUUUCAAAUUGUAUCAUAAAGGCAAAAACCUGUAGCACCAAUGUUAUAUAGCAUUGUAAAAAUUCCUAGUAGUUAUAAAUAUCCAGGCCAUUGAAAACGACCCAACAAAACACUUCCUUUGUCGUUGUAUUCCAAAAGACGUGUGUAAUUUAAUCAUCUAAUAAACAAAAAACAUAAUUUCAUCAUGAUGAAUGUAGUAACCUUUGGAAGAGCUUAAUUAGCAUCAAAUUGAGGUCAUAAUAAUCCAAACAGAAGAUGGCUAGCUAGUCGAGUUGCAUCGAAUUCUAUCUCAUUGACAAACUUUUAAAGAAGGCUAUAUAUACAUACCAUGAUAAAAUCAUGAUCGAAUUGGGAUCGGACCGGGUCAAGACCGGAUCAGAUCAAACCCGGAUUGUUAUCCAAUCCAAUCCAGUCUUUGGUCCUUAUAUUUUCAAAAAGACCGAACUGAACCGGAUCAAUUUGGGCCAAUUUAAUCGGAACGAACUGUAUAGCCACACCUACUAGCUAGGUCGUACAAGAAGCAGCAAUUACAUAAUUUGUCUUUCCAUUUGAGCUCGUCUAUUUGUUUACUUAAUGAAACUAUUUUUAAAAAAAUGCCAAUUUCGAAUUGAGAUCAUAUAAGUCAAAUAUUGAGUUAUAAACUAUAGCAUCAAGGAAAACUCAAAGAUGGGGAUUUCAAACUCCCAUACCAUCUCAAUCAUAGCAAGCUCAUCAAGUUAGUGAGAUCGAUGGAUUUGCUUUUUUGGAUAGAGAGUAUAUGGCCACUAGUGGGGUGCGAUUUGCGGUAUUGGAUAGCAUCAUUGAGAUCAUAUAAGAUACAAUAAAAUCAUGUUGAAAUUCAACUGAAUUUACUACUACUACAUACUAUGGGGAAGUUUUCAUAGCCCAACUACUAAGAACAAGGGUGAAAAAUAUCACCUUUUAUGACGAGUGAUUCGACAGAUAUGAUUUAUUACUUUUCGUGUAUGAACAUUUCGCAAAUUCGUAAUAGCCUACGAUUCAAAUAUUCAAUUUCAUUAGCGUAUGUCAAACGACUUUUUCUUCUUCGUAAUGAUAGGGUGUGUCGAGAAUUGAAAUUUACCAGCACGCUUGCAUGUCAAUCCGUGCAUAUGAUUGACGGUGAUUACCGAUCCAUACUGUGUCGUGACAACCACACGAUUUAAACAAUUUUUUUAUGCCAAUUUUUAGAUGUUUGCAUCAUAUAAAUAGUGAUCAAAUGAGCCUUUAGUUAUAGAACCAUAGCAAAGUGGGGGGAAAAAAUAAAAGAAAAGAAACAGAAAAAAGAAACGAAAGAAAGGAUAUGAUGAGGUCAUCCCUAGCAGUGGCGGUCCUGUUAGUAGCCGUCGUAUUUUUAGCGACCACCACCACCGUCGUCGUCGGCGACGUCGCCCUAAACUGCACGCGGUCCGGCGAAUGGAGCGGCGUCGAACCGGCGACGGCGACGGGGCUGAAAGAGGCACUCGUCGAUGAUUUGAUCGCACAAACGCCCGAGGACCCGAACAACAUGUACUACUGCAACUUCGACACGUGGCGCGGAUUGACGAUGUGGGGAUACGCCGAAUGCGCUGACGUGUCCAGAUGUCCGACGUCUCUAUCCCACGUGGGCUCCGGCCUGAAGGAACUUCCGUGCGCCAAGGGAGAAGGUACUGCUAGGGAUUCCGACGACGUUUGUUACGCCAAGGUUGGAUUCUCCCAGUUUAGCGUCUGUCCUAGAGUUCGAAUUGCUGAUUAAUUUGCGUCACCGGCGGCCAUGACCUAGAACACGUACGGUCAUUGGACACGGUGUACGCCCGAUGCACACGUGGUGCUGUUUCGAAGGGAAAAGUUUUGAUUGUUGUGGUUGUUGAUGUCGCGGGUGUUCGAUUCGCGUUACAACGCCAUAUCAUCGCGUAUGGUCAAGAGAAAAUCCCUUUUACGAUCGUACUAUUUCGUUCUUGCAAAAACUUUGAUUUUCAUUCAUGGUUAUUUUCGUGCGAGACAAGAGCCCUUUUCUCUAUACUAUACAUAAAAACAACAACCCCAACCAAGAACCCAUGAAAACACUACUACAAUUGGAUUGGAGUUCGUCUUACCUCGACUCGGACUGUUUUCAACUUAUAACAUGUAUUAUUCAGUUUUCUGUUGUGAAUAUGCGUCGUCACGUAUAUGAGAACACAAUCAUAACAACUCGAUAGAAUCGUCGCGACUUCUCAGCAUUACACGAAAAUUUUACAUUUGGCGACCACAAAAAAGUGGUCGCAAAAUCCAGGAAAAUGGUCGUCAUCACAAGUUUCAGAACCAAGAGAGGAAUAUAAACCACCGGCGGGUAUGUGGCGUUGUAUUUAGUUCCAAAACAGAGAGAUAUAACCAAAGAUUAACUAUGUUAUCUAAUUAUCAUCGACUAAUCACAUAAAUUUUUUUUAUCAUG